UCCGGCGCGGAGCAGUGGGUUGGGCUGUGUAUGAGGCCGGGUUCGGGGACUGGACCAGUAGUGGCCAAACCUGGCCAAGACCGCGGCUGCCGAAACACUCUCAGUCGGCGUCUCGGCCUCAGCGGAGGGUGCGGCCACCGCAAUGCCGUUCCUGCACGGCUUCCGGAGGAUCAUCUUCGAGUACCAGCCGCUGGUGGACGCGAUUCUGGGCUCCUUGGGGAUCCAGGACCCUGAGCGGCAGGAACCCCUGGACGGACCCAGUUAUGUCGCCAGCGAGGAGAGCCGGAUCCUUGUUCUCACUGAGCUGCUGGAGAGAAAGGCCCACUCUCCCUUCUACCAGGAAGGCGUGAGCAACGCCCUGCUGAAGAUGGCUGAGCUGGGGCUGACCCGUGCCGCUGACGUUCUCCUGCGGAAUGGAGCCAACCUCAACUUUGAAGACCCGGUCACCUACUACACGGCUCUGCACAUCGCCGUCCUGCGAAACCAGCCUGACAUGGUGGAGCUGCUGGUGCGCCACGGGGCCGACAUUAACCGGAGGGACCGGAUCCAUGAGAGCAGCCCCUUGGACCUGGCCAGCGAGGAGCCCGAGCGCUUGCCCUGCCUGCAGCGCCUCCUGGACCUCGGCGCAGACGUCAAUGCGGCCGACAAGCACGGGAAGACGGCCCUGCUCCACGCGCUGGCCAGCAGCGACGGGGUGCAGAUCCACAACACCGAGAACAUCCGGCUCCUGCUGGAAGGAGGGGCCGACGUCAAGGCCACCACCAAAGACGGGGACACGGUGUUCACCUGCAUCAUCUUCCUGCUGGGGGAGACGGCGGGCGGGGACGAGGAGGAGGCCCAGCUCAUCAACCGCUUCUGCUUCCAAGUGACGCGGCUGCUGCUGGCUCACGGUGCCGACCCCAGCGAGUGCCCCGCGCACGAGUCCCUCACCCACAUCUGCCUCAAGAGCUUUAAGCUGCACUUCCCUCUCCUGCGCUUCCUGCUGGAGUCCGGCGCCGCCUACAACUGCUCCCUGCAUGGCGCGGCCUGCUGGUCCGGCUUCCACAUCAUCUUCGAGCGGCUCUGCUCCCACCCAGGCUGCGCCGAAGACGAGAGCCACGUGGACCUGCUGCGCAAGGCGGAGACCGUCCUGGACCUCAUGGUGACCAACUCGCACAAACUCCAGCUGCCCGAGAACUUCGACAUCCACCCCGUGGGCAGCCUGGCAGAGAAGAUCCAGGCCCUUCACUUCUCCCUGAGGCAGCUGGAGAGCUACCCGCCACCGCUCAAGCACCUGUGCCGCGUCUACAUCCGGCUCUACCUUCAGCCGUGGCCUGUGGACACCAAGGUCAAGGCGCUACCUCUGCCCGACAGGCUCAAGUGGUACCUCCUCAGCGAGCACAGCGGUGCAGUCGACGAUGACAUCUGACGGCUCGGACCGCAGGGGACAGGCUCUGGGUGGCCCCGUCAGCCUGCUGUGGAUUUGCGUACCUGUGGCGGUCGUGGGGGUGCACCUUCAGUCCUGUCAGGAGGUGCAGGUUGGAGGCCAGGCCUCGGCCUCCCUGGGCAGAGGAGGCUGGGGGGCCCCACGGCCGCAGGCGCUCCAGCAGGAGAGGCUUCCAUCUUCCAGGGAGACUGCCCCCACCUCCCCCUGGUGGCACCCCACGUCUCAACCCAUGGAACCAGGGGCAGGGUUUGGACUUGGGACAAGUUUAUAAUCUUUGAUUUGAGGGGAGCGCCGGGCAUUUGCAGAAGCAGGGUUGCUCUAAGACCAGGCCACCUGAGAGCUGCAGGAAGCAGGCCUGGGGUCGUAGCUAAAGCCCAGGGUAGGAGGGGCCUGGACGGUGCGGCCCAGCUGAGGGCCUUUCCUCUGGCCCCUUGACUCUAGCAUCUGUCAGAAAACAAAAAGUGCUCUUGUGGGCAGAGAGGAAGCUGAGCUGCCUCCUGCCGGCUUCUUUACAGCUCUGGGGCCAGGUCACCUACCGCCCUGCCCACCGCUCUAGUGGCAGCUCUUUGUGCCAAAACUGGGGUUUCGGGGACCAUGUCUUCUGAAAAGCAAUCAUGCAUGUCCGGGGCCGUCCUCUCCAGAGGGUCCCAUUUUGUGAGGGGCUCAUCAGCUAGGGAACGCUACCCCGACUGGAAGCUGAACUCCGCGCUGGGCUGAGCCCUCACACAGCUGUCUGCCAGUCACACGAGGUGGUCCUUGUGAAUCGUGUAAGCGCCUUGGAGAUUAGCUGAGGCAACUAAGUAUAUUUAUGCUAUAAAAUUAAACUGAUUUCUCUCGGC